AUGGAUAUAGCAGAAACGAUAAGCUGCCAGUGCAACGAGUGCAAUAUUCUCAUUUGUAUCUCGUUAAACGAUUGGAUCGAAGUUUCGACUUCUUAUUCAACGUAUGAAAGCCCAGGGGCUUUCACGGAUCCAGGCCUAGAAAUGGUGGAGCAGAUCCGAGAGGGAUCCAAGGACUCGGAGUUGGAGGGUUGCUUGGUGAAACCUUUGCGAUGCCACCGCUGCAAGACGACGUUGGGAGUGAGGUGCGUGGAGGCACCGGUCGAGAAGAGGACGAAUGUCAACCGCAGCUACCUCAAGCUUACCAAGAUGACCAUGAAGUCUAUCACAUCAGGCAAUCUUGUGGAAGCAAAACCCAAGAAACGCCAGAACAAUGUUCUGGACACCAGCCCAAAAGACCCUUUGGCUUCUAUGCCGAAUUUGUCAGGGCCAACAUCGUCCAAGCAGCGAUCAGUACCCCACCGAAGGGGCAGCGAGAUUGAAGAUACCGAAGCACCUUCUUCUGGUCAAAUCUUCGAGCUGAACAUUGGACAAACCGCUGAUCUUAUGCCAAUUCUCGGGGAGCAGAGAAGAGAUAUUGACCGUGUCAUGGCAAGUGUGAACAUUUUGCAGCAAGACAUGAUCUCUGUCAGGGAAUCUGUCCAGCAUUUGGAGGAUAGGAGAGACCAGGCAUCUCAAGAUUUCGCUGGGGACGUUGAUCUGCUCACGGAUAGUAUUACAAAGGUCAGCAGCAGACUGAGUGAGCUUGACGCACUUAAGCUCGAGAUGAAAAUGAUGCAGCAGCGUAUCAAGCGCAUGGAGGAUUCAAGGCCAACGGGGCGGCGAUCAUCUACAGGACUAGGUUCUGCACAGGUAUCGAACCGACCAUCGCCUACAAUCGACGAAAAAGCAAUUCCACGCAAUGACGCAACGUCAAAUGGAUUGCUUUUAUCAGCUACUCAAUCACCAAUGUCCGCAUAUUUUGACGGCUUGUUGGCACCCCAGAAAACCGCCUCUGAGAGACAUAAUGCGGUGGAUGGAGGCGAUCCACCUUUUCAACGGCUCUCAUUGGGAUCCAAAGCCGAAGCGCUGCCACCCCAGAAAAUAGUUGCCACGAGGCCAAGAACGCUCAUCAAUGGCACCGCCAGCAGAGGAAGCCACACCUCAGUCAACAUGCCACCUCCCCAAAUACCACGUAAGGGGCCAGACCAGAGUACCAUCAGGCACGGGAGCUCAACCGCCAGUGAUGUGGCUACUCCUCGCACAGCAUCGACGUCUAUCACGGGUAAUACGGAUUCAACCAUUCUUCCACGAAAUAUAUCUCAAUUGCAAGAGACUUCCACUGGCUCUCAUCAAAAUAACCAAGACGACCAUAAAUACGAUGAUGAGCUUGUCGACGACGUCCGCCCUCAGUCAUCGACUGGGUCAUCAACUAGGAAUUCUUGGCAGCCAGCAGGCAAGACUGCUCAGAAUCGAGCAGAUCAAAGCGCCCAGCAGCCUCCACCCAAGACCAAACGCCGACAAAGUGUGCCAGUGGCUCCUCCCAUUUCCGAGCCCAGCGACGGCAACAAGACAGCUCGCGGCCGCACCACCCAUCGCAACAGCAAGCGCCGCAAGACCACCGCUUUCGAUGCGAGCACUCCAAGCACUUCAGUCUGGGACGUCGACUCUCGAGACUCGAGAUCUAGUAGCGGUCGACGUGAUGAGCAUGGUCUUCUCCACAGAGCUAAUGGUGAGGUUGAUGGAAGAUCUGCACGAUAUCAGAACCUGGAGAGUAAGGGGGGGAAGAAGCCUGGAAAGAGGGACAGAGACGGCUAUCUACUGAAGCCGGAUGGCACGAGGGAUCCUCGGUCUGUGAAGAGUGUGAAUCAAUGGAAGAAGAAGAAGGCGGAGGCGGAGCUGUCAGGAUGA